AUGUCUUCCUCUGAGCAGGUUGAGUUGGAGCUCGGGCAAAAAGCGUUCGUCCUGGGCGGCGGCAUCCGGAGCGACGGCUCGGACCCCGCUCAUAGGCGCCGUGGCGUAUACGAGCCCCUUACGCGUCGUCAAAUAUUGUUUCGUGUUGCAGUUAUAAUUACUGCCGCGUGCUCUUGCCUAGCGGUCGGCGUCGGCAUCGGCAUCUCCAUCGGGAAGAGCGGAGGAGGAUCCUCGGCGGGCGAGGCGGAGGUUUCUGGAGUUUACGCUGACGCCGCGCGUGAACCUGAAGACUAUCUCUCUUUUUUGGUUGUCGGCGAUUGGGGGCGCCGAGGAGAGUACAAUCAAACUGUUGUAGCGGAAGCGAUGGGAAGAUGUGCCGAGUUAUCGAAGCCUGCAUUCGUCGUCUCGGUUGGAGACAACUUUUACGAAGGCGGUCUCAACUCUCUUGAUGACCCAGAGUUUAAGCAGUCGUUCACUGACGUCUACAAUCACCCUAGUCUGCAAGUGCCCUGGCACGCGGUGCUGGGAAAUCAUGAUUACGGUGAUUGUGGCUACAACGAAACGAGAGGCGAAAAGGAAUGUCCAAAUGAAGCAGACGUGAACCGGUCACCGAGCUUCCAGCUGCACCCAACGCUGCGUCGUCGCGACUGGAGGUGGUAUGCCGGGCGAAACUUUGAGCUCCGACCCGUGGCUGACGUCCACAUGUGUUUCGUUGACACAAACCCGCACGUGACGAGCUACAGGAAAUAUGAUUGGUUCAAUAGACCAGGCGGCCUUGAGCAGCAGGUUCGAAGUGCUGAAAGCGACAAACUUAAACUCAUGUCGACACUCCAAGGUUCAGAUGCGCGGUGGAAGCUGGUUUUUGGACAUCACCCGAUGUACAGCAACGGAUUCUGGAGAGACGAAGUCGAGGAUGUCCGAAAUGCAUUGGAAGUUACAAUCAUGCAAGGUGGCGCAGCGGCGUACUUCAACGGGCAUGAUCAUGACUUGCAGCACACAUCAAAGGAAGAAACUGUGGAUGUCAACUGCAGUGGAGUAACCACGCCUGCGAAGCGAAGACUGCACCAUUUCACAUCGGGCGCAGGAUCCAAGACUGGUCGUGGCUUCGGGACGUCGGAGACCGAAUUUGAGUAUGACGGCGCUGGUUUCGCCUCUGUACGUGUUUCACACGACCGCAUGAAGGUCCAGUUCUGGGGGCCAGCCCUCAAGGGAGCUGAAGGUUUGCUCUACACAGUUGUCAUCAACCCGAUUCUAGGCUGUUAA